UCAAAGAAGAAAAAGAAAGUAGGAAGGUACAAAAACGUACCCGCCAUGACCUGACCGACCCAUCUUCCAAACCAAUCUCAAUCCAUCUUCCCCACAAACCCUAAAAUUAAUUUCUGUUCUAUUUCUCAAUCCCCUAUUCCCAUGGAAGAAGAAGACUCCUUCAAACUCAGAGUCAACAAAAUAUUCGGCUCUCUCAACACCUCCUCCUCCUCCUCCUCUUCUUCCUCCACCGCUUUUUCAGCUACGACGCCUUCCUCGACUCUCAACUCGCUAUGGUGUUUAACUGAUGAAGAAAUAGUCAGAAGGGAAUGGAAUCGCGAUAAGGACACUCCCGAGCAUCCUGAACCUGUAUCCAACUCCAUACCCAACCAUGAUCACAGAACCGAACUGGAGAAUGACCUCGAAGACCUCGACGACGAAGAAGAAGAAGUUGAAGACAAAUCGUUGAGUAUUAUUAACUCAACGAAGCCGGACGAUUACAACGACGAGGAAUGGGAGGUUAAAUCUGGUAUCGGUUUGGAUUGUACUCUCGAUUACGAGGAGGAAGAAGACGAGUAUGAUAAAGUGGCGGUCGGUGGUGAUGAAAAGCCAGAAGAUAUCGAUGAUUACGGGAUUGACAUAGAUUCCGGCAAUGUGCUUCCGACUUCGAUUAAACAAGUACCGAAAGAUCCUCGGGCGAAUCACUUGGCAGCUAAGUUAAGGAUCAAGGAAGAUGCUGAAGCAGCCAAGAACAUCAACCAAGUGGACACUGAAUCUAAUGUUUCAAACCCUAAAUCGAUUCUGAAGAGGAAAGAAAACCAAGUGGAUUCCAAGUCACAUAAGCGUGUAAGGUUUGAUCCUGAAUGUAAAGACAAUGGUAAUGGUAAUGGUGGUGAUACUGACACUGUUCAAGGUGAAGAUUUUGGUUUUGGUGUUCCUGAUUUUCUGAGGAAUCCUUCUAAAUACACGCAUUAUACAUUUGAUGAUUCUUCGAGCAAUUUGAAUGAUGAAGAAUCUAACAAGCAAGCUUAUAUGGAUUUUUUUAAUCUGGUGAAGAAGAAAUCGAGUAGUGGUAGCGAUGAUCUUGACGAGAAAGCAGCUUUCGAAAGCUUUGGAUCUGUUACUUUCAUACCAAGAAAGAAAAGUGGGGACACUAAUGCAAUGGUAGAUAGCUGUACAGAGUUAGUACAACAAGUUGGGAUUGGUAAGGAUGUUUCUUCUAUGGCCGCUGUUCGGCCAAUUGCAGCUGUAGAAUUCGAAGAAAGUGAUGUUUGUGCUAUGGAAGAAGAUGAACCUGAUGAAUCUAUGGAAGAUAGGAAGAAGAGCAACAAUUCUCCAAAACCCAGUCGCCAGUAUCGGAUGAAGGCAAGGUCAGAUUCAGAUGAUUGAUUUGAUAGGUUCGGUUCAGUUCAGCAUUUGUAGUUUUACCUUUGAUGUUAGAAAAACUGACUAAUAACUUAUCACCAACACCACCCUUUCUUGUGCUGCAAAGAAAGAUUGGAUUGGAGUUUGUAUUGAAUGAAAGAUUUGAUGUUUAUUUUAACAAAUUUAACUAGAUGAUGAAACUGCUUUGGGAAAUAUAUCAUAGGACCCUAAGAUACAUUAUGUGUAUAUUUAGAUUGUUAUUUUAUAAUCUACUCAAUUUCUUAAGGUUCGACUGUAUCAAUUGUUGUCAAAUGCAUAAAAAAUCCAAGUGAAACAAAUUCUUGAAAA